AUUGGAUAUUGGAGGUUGCGUGGGAAUUACGGUUUUUCAAGGUCUCUUCCAGAACCUCAUGUGAACGAGGCUUGACGAUUACUUUCCUGUUACGACAGUACACUAUCAAGGCUCUUCUGUAUGGAUUUGAUGUCUAAAGCCAUAUUAAUUCACACUUUCUGGUGCCAGUAACAUUACACCGCAUACCUAAAUAUUGCAACAUUAUGGAACGUCUAACAUUAUUUCACUUACGGCAAGCGGAUAGGAGUAAUGAACCGGAGACGAAGACUAUCAUUGAUCAGAUGGAUACAGAAAGUAUUGUUCGGAAGGCGUACUACGAGAAACUUUGUCAGUGGAAAGACGACGCACUUCGACUGUUCAAACUGAAUCAUGUUAACUACCUCUACAAGAGACUUUAUAAUCUGCCCUCUAGUUUCGAGAAUCUGGAUGCAAGUCAGUCCUGGCUGGCGUAUUGGAUGGUACAUGGUUUAGGCCUGUUGAACGUCGAGAUUCCGGAAGAAAUGUCUCUGAAAUUGAUAUCACUAAUUGCAGAUAUGCAGGACCCAAAUGGUGGCUUCGGCGGCGGACGUUAUCAGUUUCCACACCUUGCAACAUCAUAUGGUGCAGUCAACUGUUUAGUAUCACUUCGUCGUCGAGAUGCUCUAGAUAUUAUCAAUCGAGAUGCUCUGGCUAACUGGAUGCGGAAACUGCGCCAACCAAAUGGUUCUUUCUUAAUGCAUGUAGGCGGAGAGAUCGAUGUUCGAGGUGCAUAUUGUGCUAUAACAGUGGCUAGACUGACAGGACUUCUCAGAAAAUAUCCUGAUUUGUUCGAAUCAACCGCGGAAUGGGUGGCUAGUUGUCAGACCUAUGAAGGUGGUUUCGGUGGUCAACCGGGAUUGGAGGCCCAUGGUGGUUACACUUUCUGUGCUAUAGCGGCAUUGUGUUUCUUGGGUAGAUCCGAUCUAAUCAAUUUACCCAGACUGUUGCGUUGGGCGAGUCAUCGGCAGAUGGCGACUGAAGGUGGUUUCCAGGGUAGGACAAACAAACUGGUGGACAGUUGCUAUUCAUUUUGGCAAGGUGCUGUUUUCCAAAUAGUUGAAGAAUUGUUAUGGUUGUCAGGUGAUCCUGCCCUCAAUGAUACGGACACCUUAUAUAAUCCAUCUGCUUUGCAAGAAUAUAUACUACUAUGUUGUCAGAAAGUAUCUUAUACACGUCCAGGUUUGAGUGUGCAUACUAAAGACGACUCUUCAAGUGAAACAUCAUCUAUGAAGAGAAGUUCAAGUCCGGAACAGAACAUGCCUACUUUUGACGGUGGUGGACUAAUUGAUAAGCCUGGAACAAAUCCUGAUCCUUAUCAUACAUGUUAUGCAUUAAGUGGACUAAGUCUGGCACAACAUUCUCCUCGAUAUCAUGGACCACCGCCAACAACAAUAGACAAAAAGCAAUCUGACAAUCUUUCCUAUCCAUCCUCAGUUGUUGAUCUAUUGGGUGCAGAGUUUGGAAAUGAACUGGCUGAUUUAGAUCCCUAUCAUAAUAUUAUACAUGACAGGCUAGCAUUUGCUUUAACCUAUUUUAGAGAGUUAGACAAUGGUCAGUCGCCAGAAUGUGCAGAACAAUCGGCUUUAAAAGCUGCUGAAGAAUUCUCUACACCUAUAGCGUCAGUAAUUCGUAAGGAUAAUAUUCAUAUAGAGCUGCUUAGCUCGAAGACGGAAGAUACUGAUGAACAGUCGUCGUCUAGUUGUGUCGGCCGAUACGCCGAAUCUGAUAAGCAUACAUGUACAGUACCAUAAUAAAAUAACGUGAAAUUUUUGUUUAACAAAAGGUUAUUUUUAUUCACUGCUAAAAAGAAGAAAAAAAUAUACAGAUUUGAGAAGGUUAUAUAAUUUUUUUUCACAGUUAAUAAUAAUAAUAAGGGCUAAGUUUUCCAUUCUUUAUUUUGUUUCUUGUAAUCUCCAAUCCAACCGCUUAAAUUGUCGCCUUAUUUACAUCUGAGCUUGUAGUACAGGCAUCAGUUAAACUACAAUAAUUGGCUGGAAGACCAUAAAGCACAGUGGCACUGAUGACUAGCGUGGAUCCGAGGAACAAAUAU